UCAUUACUCAUUACUCAAAUAUCUUUUGUUACUCAAAUACUCUCUGUGCAGCACUAUGGAUUUGGAAGGGGAGAUCAUAUCAGCCAUUUUUGAACUAAUAUCUAUUCAGGAUCCUUGGGAAGUUCAUAACAGGGAUGCGAACGCAGAGAUCAUUGCACUCAUUAUUCAAAUAAGCUAUGUUAGUAGCUUAUUAUGUGAGUAUGCCAUUCCCGAGUCAGAGCUCAUGUUACUCAUUACUCAAACCAUCUCUAUCUACAACUCUAUGGAUUUGGAUUCUCAGCCGGAGCCUCUAAGGAAGCUCAUAUCAUUCAUUGCUAAAAAAGCAGAUCUUGACAACCAUAUAGAUCCUUUGUUGGAGCAAGAUUUGGAGGUCUUGCCACUCUUUGGUAAAACAUUAAGUCUUGAGCCAGAGCUGGAGCUCGUAUCACUCAUCCGUAGAAUAAUCUCCCUUGUCAUCUCUAUGGAUCCAAAGUGGAAGAAACUUAUUUCUCUAUGCCCUCAAGUAGCAGUAAGAUUGGAAAAGGGAAAAUUACAAGUAGAUAAAGAGUUCUUGUGGGGAACCAAUUACAAACUGUGUUGUUUCCCUUUGUUCUGGCUCAAGUUCAGGUCAACAGGAGAAGACGCUUCACAUUUUUUCUGUAGAGGUUGCAAUGGGAAGAACCAUAAUGAAAGUAACAAGGCUCCAGUUGAGAUCAAGCACCCUCUUCAUCCAAGACAUUCUCUUCGGCUUGCUUUGUUGCAAAAGUCUCAUGAAACGAGACAGUGCUAUUGUUGUGAUGAAAGUCUCCAAGAGCUGUUCUAUUAUUGCUCAGCUUGCGACUAUGGUAUGAACAUAUCUUGUGUGGAGAAACCACCAGUCUUUUCUUUAGACCAUUCGAAGUGGCAUGAGCAUACUCUUGCUCUGUUUCCAAGACAGAGUCCUUUUGCUUGCAGCCUUUGUUCCUUGACACAUACAAGCUGUCCUUUCUAUGUAUGUCCCCCUUGUGACUUUGUGGCUCAUCAAAGGUGUAUCAGCUUACCACGUCUCAUAAGGAUUUCUCGCCAUCCCCAUCGUAUCUCUUUCACCCAUUCUUUUGGUCAAGGAGAUUGGUCUUGUUGUGUUUGCCGAAGAAAGAUUGACAAUGAUUACGGAGGUUAUUCUUGCAUCAAGGACGGUUGUUCAUAUGUGGCUCAUUCAAAAUGUGCCACACAGAAGAAUGUGUGGGAUGGUCAAGAACUCGAGGGGAUACCAGAAGAAGAUGAAGAAGUUGAACCGCCGUUUGUGAGUAUAGGUGAUGGAAUCAUAAAGCAUUUUAGUCAUCAACAUCAUCCUUUGAGACUUGAUGAGAACACGGGUAGAGACUACGACGUGAAUAAGGUGUGUCAAGCAUGCGUCAUGCCAAUCUAUUCGGGUAACUUAUACUCAUGUAUGCAAUGCAAGUAUAUUCUCCACGAUAAAUGUGCAGAUCUUCCUCGCAAAAUGCAUCACCCGAUACAUCCACAUAUGCUCACUCUAAAAGGAGGGUCUCAGGGUCUUGUGGAACAUAGUGUGGAUCCAUGUUCAGCUUGUCCUUGGAAAUGCAAAGCUGGUUUCUUCUAUGAGUGUGAAAAGCCGGAUAAAGAUGACUAUCUUUUUAGGCUACAUGUGCAGUGCGCCACAGUUUCUGAGCCACUAGUCCAUAAGAGUCAUAAACAUUCUUUAUUCCUAACAUCCAAACCAGGAGAGCAAAGAAGGUGUUCUGUUUGCAAAAAGUUGGAAAAAUACUCAACAAAAGAAACAUUCAAUUGCAUUGAGUGUGACUACUUUGCUUUGUGUUUUGGAUGUGCUACUUUACCUCAAGAAGUGAGGUAUGAGCAUGAUAAACAUAUGCUCACUCUAUCUUAUGGUGAAGAGACAAGUACCAUGACGUAUUGGUGUGAAAUUUGCGAGCAGAAACUAGAUCCAAAGGAGCGGUUUUAUACGUGUGGCGAGUACUGUUGCGUCACCUUACACAUUGAGUGUCUGCUCGGGCAGGACUUAUACGAGAAGCCUGGUUCAUCUUGGAUAAGCUUCUCCUUCAAUGGAGCGAAGAUAUGUGUUCAGUCCAACAACCAUCAUAUGACUCGACCUUCUUGCUCUUAUUGCAAGAAGCGUUGUCCACACAAAAUAGUUUUGGAGUCGUCUGGUUCUAAAUUUUGUUCCACAUCUUGUGUUGGUUGUUUCUUGUCUAAGAAGGUGAACACAGCUGGUCAUCGUCAAUAUGUACAACGGAUGGGAUACGAGGAUUAUGAGUUCUCAGCAAUGACGUAGAGAUUUGUGGAAUCUUGCUCGAGUUCCGACAGUAGAGAUUAGUGUUACUAUUAAGUUCAGUUGUAUCUGGUUCGAUCAGCUCAAUUGAUAAUAAUACGAAACAUGUAAGGACAAGAAACUAUUUAGCAAUCAACAUGUUUUAUUUAGUUUUUGUUUCCU